AUGAAUCUCGCGGAUUACAUGCGGUCAGGCUUACUAUUUCUAGUAUUGAUUGCAGAAAGUUUGGUGGAAGCGUGUUUUGCAACUUCUCCGGGAACCGGACCAGUUGCGAGCAGUACAGCUCAACCUCUGAGAACAUGCUCCCCCACAACUCUAACCUAUGGAACUGCAAACGGUCAGUCGGUAGCUGUCACCCCAACCAAUCUGGUUUCCACACCAAUCGCUGGCACUUCCGACUCAAUAUCCACAAUGCAGAUCGGGUGCUCGGCAAGUCCCGGUAACAACGUAGCAAUGCACAUCGAUCAAUUCGACCCACUAGAAAACCAAGCAUCACCUCAGCCAGCAUCCGUCACAGUCAACGCAGAAUGUAGUAGUGUAGAUAUGCAAUGGUACUACGUUACAGUCUUCCAAGGCCAGACUAUCAGAAGACUCAUGACUACGAUAACAUGCCUACAGGCACCAAAUGUACCAGUGGAUCCAGUUAGAACGUGCUCCCCAACUGCUCUUGUCUAUGGAGUUGGGGAUAAUCAGCUAAAUCUUGCAGUGAUGUAUACCGAUUACCUGGCUACUCCAAUCAUUGGAACAAGCGACACCACUUCAACUAUGAAAGUUAGAUGUUCUGCAAUAGCCGAUUAUCAUGCAAUCAUGACGAUUAAUGACUAUACACCAACAGAAAAUGAUGUGGUCCCACCACCGCAAACAGUUACAAUCAACGCAGAAUGCAGUAGUGUGGAUAUGGUAUGGUACUACGUAACAACCAUCGGAGGUCAAACUAUCAGUAGAAGCAUGAAUUCGAUAACAUGCACGCAGGCUGAAAAUCCUUGCUUGCCGACUUCGAUAACGUAUGGAGUAGGAGAUAAUCAAAUUCCUGAAAUAAUGAUUGAUGUUGGAUAUUCUGAUUACGCGACCACGCUUGUUGCCGGCUCUACCGACACCACAUCAACGAUGAAAAUCAGUUGUUCAGCUAUAGCUGGAUACAUUACCAACAUGGAUGUUAAUAAUGGUUUGGGACCUGCUGAAAAUGAUGUGGUACCACCACCACAGACAGUCGCCAUCAACGCGGAAUGCAGCAGUGUAGACUCUAUUUGGAACUAUGUUACGGUUGUUGCAGGUCAAACUGUUAAGGUGCCAAUGACUUCGGCCACUUGUCAACAGAUUAAAGAUCCGAGCGGACCUGUGACGAGAUCGUGCUCUCCGACGGCACUCACCUAUGGGAUGGGAGACGGGAUGAAUCCUGAAGUGCAGAUUGGUGUGACUUAUACAGACUUUAUGACAACCGCAACACCUGGCACAAUGGAUUCAGUGUCCACCAUGAAAAUCACUUGCUCCGGAAUCGCCGGUUACAAUGUGCAAAUGGAGCUCGACGGAAACACGACCCCGCUAGAAAAUGCAGGGAAUCCCCCUCCACAAACGGUCACAAUUAACGCCGUCUGCAAUAGUGCAGAUAUGAUUUGGAAAUAUGUUUCCAAUGUUGGAGGAGUUCCCACCUCGUUGGACAUCACCACCGUAACAUGUGCUCAGAUCCCGAAUAGAGUUGAAAGGCAAUGUUCUCCUACUGCAGUUACGCUGGGAAUUGGGGAUGGUCUCACACCACAGAGAUUCAUCGAUGUCACCUAUUCGGAUUUCGCAUCAACUCCAAUCACUGGCUCCCUGGAAACAACUUCAACAAUGAAAAUCACUUGUACCGCAAUGCCCGGCUACAAUGUUUUGAUGCAACUUAAUUCCAAUCCGAAUUCCACUCCCGUGGAAAAUAUGGGAGGGUUACCGCAAUCAGUAACCAUAACUUUGACCUGUAACAGUGCUGACAUGAUCUGGAAUUAUGUCGUCGAGUUUAUGGGUGCUCCCUUUCCAAGAGCAAUUACAUCAAUGGCGUGUGUGCAGCAGUCAAACUAA